UGAAAAUUUGAGAAAAUAUGCUUUAAAGAUAUAAAGAUAUUUUUUAUGUUUAUGGAUUAUACACGAACAUUCAGGGGAGAUAAGUUAGAAUUUCGACAAAAGAUUGUGUGAUGGAAAGCUCUGUUCAAGGUUUACCAGGGUUUGCAAAGAAAGCCAGUGAAGGCUUUAAGGCUGCAUGCAAGAAGUGUGGAUAUGCGGGUCACCUGACAUUCCAGUGCCGGAACUUUGUUCGCGCUGACCCUGGCAAGGAUGUGGUCCUGGACGUGAGUUCAACUAGCUCGGACACCAGUGAAGAAGAGUUUGUCUCUCCCCUGGUCAAGCUCAGAAAUGAAGAAGACAAAGAAAAGACAAAGAAAGAACGAAAGAAAAAGAAACACAAAAGGGAAAGGUCAAGGUCACCAUUGAGCCACAAGAAGAAAAAGAAAAGAAAGCACAAGCACAAAUCAUCGCAGGACUCAGAUAGUGAAAUCAGUGACUCCGAGGAAUCAUCAAUAGAUAGUGAUGAUGAAAGUUCCCACAAAAAGAAGCGAUCUCAUAAAAAGAAGAAAAGCAAACAUCGAAAACGGAGUGUGAGUGAGAGUUUCUCGGAUGAAAGCGAAGAGGAGAGGGAGCAAAGACGGAAAAAAAGGAAAAAGAAGGAGAAGAAAAAGAGGAAGAAAAAGCAUCGGCAUCGCAACAGAAGUAGCGAGGAUUCUGAAUCUGAUAGCUCGGACUGAAAAACACAACAUCACAACAGGAGUAGUAGUGACGACACUGUGGUUAAUAGCCAGGACCGAGAUUGUGUUAAUGUGUUAUUCCUGCAAGUGAACAGUGAUUGUUCAAGACCUAUCUUCGAGCGGUGAAUUUGCAAGUGUGGGUUGUAUUGGUUGUUUGCGUGGUUUGUAACUAUUCAGUUGUUUCACUGAUGCAGUAACUUUUCCUCAGGGAAUAUGAAUAAACAAAUCCUUCAGUUUACUCUUUAUUGAAGUAAACAAAUCCUUUUGUUUGAAAAAUAUCAGGGCUAUUCCAGUAAAACAUUCCAGUAAAACAUAUUUUGGA